UAAAAUACAUUUAAGAUUAGUUGUUGUACACAAGUUUUGGGUUUCAUGAAACUUCGUGUCAAUGGACGGCCAUAUUAAUCUGGAACCCCGCCGUCAUUGAAGUUUAUAUAUUAUCAUUAUUAUUAUCAUUAUAUAUUAUUUAUUAUUUUUUAUUUUUUCGUGUGUUAUUGAGGGACUUUAAUAACGAGUCAAUUGUUACAAUUGUUAUUUUUUAAUAUUUAAAUAUACUUGGUGAUAUACAAGACUUAAUUAAUGCUUUUAAAAAAAUAUUAUAUUUUUUUAUUCAUUUUAUCUUGGUGAUUAAUCUGGGGGCAAAAGGGCAAGGUUCCCCCUGCCGCUUUCUCCUUUUUUUUUAUUUAUUUUUUUUAAUUAUUUAUUUAUUUUGUUAAUUGAAUUUUUUUUUUUUUUAUUGACAUUAUUUGUUAUUGUUAAUGUAGAGGAAAAUUUAAUUUGGCAAUUAUAUCUAUUUUUAAUAUUAUUUUUAUUAUUUAUUUUGGAGUUUUUUAUUUUAUUUUUUCGACGGCUACCAACGACUCCUACAGAUGACGUUGCGGGAGGAUGCCAGUGCGUGUUAAAAAAAAAUAUAUAAUAAUCUACAUCAAGUGAACAUUAAAUAAUUAUAUUUUUAAUAAUUUUUUUUUACAACAAAUUAAUUAUGCACUAGUAAAAAAAGUGUUUAUAUUAUUUUUGUUUAUUUUUUGUUGUUGUUUUUUUUUUUGUCGUUUGAUCAAGUGAUUGUUUCUAUUUUUUUAAUUAUUUAAUUGUGCAAUUGAUGGACAUUUAAAUGGACCUCUGUAAAUUGUCGGCGUCGACAUUAGUGGAUAGUUGCUGAUGUCCGCCACGAGUCUUGCCCUAUCAUCACCUGGACGUUGCUCGUGGCCACGAGAAACGGCACGUCCUGAUAUUGUUGAAAUUAAAUUAACUAACCUGCCAAAACAACCAAAAAAACUGUGUAAAUAUCACAGUUAUAUCAAUAAUAAUAAAUUUUUCAUAAACAAAUAUAAAUUAUUAUUGAAUAAAAAUUAUAAACAAUAUAAAUUAUCAAGCUUAACAAACAGCAUCGUAAGACACAACUCUGAAUGUCUUCGCACAUCAAAAAAGUGUGCUCGGGGUUUGAUGCGACAUUGAGUGACAGCAGAAAAAAAUACGGCGACAAGGUGAAUAUACUUCUGUCAGCCUGGGAGCAUGUCACCAAUCACAUACCUGCAGCAGACUCCAAUGAAAUAGAUGAACUCAUAGAAUGCGUCUACAAACACACCCUUACGUUGAUACUGCGUGGGGAGUGGCCGCAGAUAAAACCAGUUUCAAAAACUCAUCUAACUGUAACAUUACAAAGAUGUAUAAAUCAUUUGGGUGGUCAUCCAGCAGUAUCACGUUGUACAAAAUUAUUGACACUUGUACAAAAUCCAUGGGCAAAUCCAGUACUUGUAAAUAUUAUUGAACAAAAACCAGAUUUAGAUAAUGAAGAAGAAUUUUGUUGUAUGGAAAAAGGUGAAUUAUUGAUGAUGAGACUUAAAAUAUUAUGUGAAGAUAAAUGUGAGGAUAUUGCUGUUAACAUUGCUGCAGCAUGUGUUAGAACAUUACAAAGAAAUGAUCGUUUAAGAUCAUUAUCUGAUCCUCAUGAUGUUACAUUUAUUAUUGAUAUUUACAUUGUUCUUUUGUACAAAUUAAAACGCACUCAUGAUAUAUUCGCUCAAUUAAAAUUAAUGGAUUUAAGCGAUGGUCUUGAAUUAGUUCAAAGAUUAAGUGGUGAAAAACCAACAAAAUAUGGUACUGCACGUGUUUGGAAAAAUUCAUUAAAAGCUGCUGAAUUAGUAGCACAAUAUUUAGUUACAGCUGGUAUGGUAAGACUUGUUGCUGAAACUGGUAUAAAUAUAUUAGAAGAAAUAUUUAAUUCAUGGGCACAGUUACAUGUUAAAAUUAAAGAAAAUGAUCCAGAUUUACCUGGUAUGAUUAAAAAAUUAAUUGAACCAGCUGAAAGUGCACAACAUAUUUAUAUAUUUUGUGGUGUACUUUUAAAACACUUUGGUGAUUAUAUUAAACCAUUGACAAUUGAACUUUAUAUAAAAGCAUUGACAACUGAUAUGAAUGAAUUGGAAAUUCAAAAAGCUAAAUCAGAUAAAGAUAAUGUACGUGAAACAGCAGUACGUUUGAGUUUACAAUUUUUAAAAUUAGCUGAUAUUGUUAGUGGUAAUAUUGGCAUAUCAAGAGAAUGUGUAUUAACAUCAUUUUCAUUAAAUCCAACACGUUCAUGUUAUGAUAGAAUAUGUGAAAUUGCUAUUGAAUGUGGUAAAGUUAAACCAAAUGAUGAACAACAACAACAGAAAAUAAAUACUGAUCCAAAUAUCAAAAUUGAACAAAUAAAAAAUGUAAAAAUUGAAACAACAUCAUCAACAGCAACAACAACAACUACAACAACAACAGUAUCAAAUUCAUAUGAUAAUAAAAAAAAUGUAUUAUUAAAAAGUUUAUUAACAAGUCCACCAAAAAAUGAUAUUAAUAUUUAUCCAAAGAUAAUACAAAAAAAUUAUCAAAAAAUUGAUGAUUUAUGUUUUAAUAAUUGUAGUGAUGUUGAUGAUAAUGGUAAAAAUAAUAAUACAAAUAAUGUUGAUACUGAAAUAGAAAAUAAACCAAUAUAUAAUAAUGAUAAAAAAAAAUUAAUUGAAAGAAGUCUUGAUGAAUUAAUUAUGAUUAAAAAUGAUGAUAUAAAUUAUUCAUCAAAUUAUGAUGAAAAAUUUGUGCCAAAUCAAUCUCUUGAUGCUGAUAAACUUGGUUUAUCACCACAAUUAUGUGAUGAUUUAUCUGUUGUAUUGAGUAGUCCACGUUAUCAUAUGUUAAAUUGGGUACUUGAUUGGAAUGAAUUAAAGCUACGUUGUGAGGGUUAUCUUGAUAAUGCUGAAGAAAUGCGUAAUACAAAUAAAGAAUUAAAAUUUUUAAAUAUUGAUUAUUCACAAUUUAAAGAUUGGCCAUCUGAAGAAGAUAAGGAUAUAUUUUAUGGUAUUGAAAAAGGUUAUGAACAAUGGGCUGAUAUACCAUCUGAUCAUUCACAAAAAUUUGAUAAUAAUAUUAGUCAAACAAGUGGUAAUAAAAGAACAACAUCAGCAAGACGUAUUAUUGAUGAUAGUAGUGAUUCAGAUGGUAGUUUACGACAAGUUAGAAGAACAAAACAUAAAAAAUUAUCAAGAUUAGUUAUAUCAUCAGAGAGUGAUUAUGAUAGUGAUGAUUGUAAAAUAAAUAAUAAAAGUAAAAAUAAUAAAUUAAUAACAGCAACAACAGUACCAAAUUCAUCAUCAUCAUCAUCAUCAACAACAACAGCAACAACAACACUAUCAUUAACAACAAAUAAAAAUCGUAAUAAUAAUAUUAAUAUUAAUAAUAAUAAAAAUAAUAAUAGUAAUAGUUUAAUAUCAGAUGAUACAGAAGAUACAAAUACACAAGAUAGUCAAACAGAUAGUUUAGGAAGUGAUGGUUGUCGUCAAGAUAACAAUAAAAAAUUAAAUAAUAAAUUGUGCAAUAAUAAAAAACAAUUAAUAAAUAAUAAAAAAAAAAUUGGCAUUGAAAGAGUAUCAAGAUUUCAUAUGAUUGUUGAUGAUAAUUUAUUACGUAAUAAUGAUGUUACAAAUUCUGAUAUUAGUAAUGAUAUUAUAACAUUAUUUUCAGCAGAUUUAGAUGAAAAUAAAAGAGAAACAAUAAAAGCAUCAGCAUUUACAGCUGUUGCACCAUUACUUAUUGGUGAAAAAAAAAGUGAUCCAAAUGUUAUAAAACGUUUACGUGAAUGUCGUAAACCAACAAGAAUUGGUGAAAUAUUACAAAAAAAUAUAUUAAAUGAUAAAUCUAAAAAUGAUAAUAAUACAACGGCACCACCACCACCAACACCACCACCAACAACAACAACAACUACAACAACAAUAACAACAAUAAAUAAUAAUAAUAACAAUAACAAUAAGAGCAACAAUAAUAAUACCAAUAAUAAUAAUAAUAAUAACAAUACGGGUAAUAAUGCAAAAUUUGCACCAAUGUUAAGUACAUUAAAUUUAAAUCCAACAAUUUUAUUAACUCGAGCUGAUCAAAUUGAUAAAAAAAAAAUAAUAAAAAUUAAGAAAAAAAAAUUAAGUACUGGUGAUUUAUCAAAUGAAUUAAUAAAUAUACGAAAAACAUUAUCAUUUACAACAACAAAUAAUAAAAAUUCAAUUGGUACAUUUAAUAAUAAUAAUAAUAAUAUCAAUACUAUUAAUAUUCAUAAUAUUAUUAAUCAUAAUAAGCAACAACAACAACAGCAACAACAACAUCAACAACAACAACAACAACAACCUAAUAAUGAUAAAAAAUUGAUAAAAAAUAAUAUUAAAAAACUUAAAAUUAAUAGCAAUAAUAUAAAUAAAUUAAAAAUUGGUAAUAGAAAAUUAAUAAAAACAAAUAUUGGAAAUAAACAAAAUUACAAUGAUAUUAUAAAAGCUGUUAGAGAUUCAGAUAUAUUAGCUAAAAAUGUUCCUGGUUUAACUACACUUGAAAUGAUUAUACCACCAAGAGUUCAAUCAACUGUUAAUGUAGUACAAUUAUCACGUAACAUUCCACAAAGUCCAAAUACUGGUAUAAUAAAUAGUGGUAAUACACCACCAAGAAAUAAUAAUAAUAAUAUUAAUCGUACAACAAGUAUUAUUGGUAAUAUACAAUUACCUGGUACACCAAUGUCUGGUGGACAUGACAGUGGUGUUGGUUUGAGUCCAGCUGGUCAUACACCACCAUUAUCAUCAUCAUCAUCAUCGAGAUUACAUGAUGUUGGUGAUGAAGCAAAUCAACCACCUGAUACAUCACCACUAAAUGAAACAGAUAAUAAUAGUCCACGACAAAUUGUUAUAAAUCAACGAUUAAUAAGAAAUAAUUCACCAAAUAAAUCACCAUCAUCAUCUUCAUCAUCAUCGUCAUCAUCAUUGUCAUUGUCGACAGCAACAACAACAACUACACCAUCACUGUCAUCAUCAACAACAACAACAGCAGUAACAACGACAACUACAAUACCAUUGGCAAAUGAACAAUUACAAAUUGUUUGUAAUCCAGAUGGAUCAUAUCAACUUGCAUCAAUUAAUCAAAAUUCAAUUACAAAUAGAGCUAAUACAUUGACAUUACAAAAUCUUGAAGAUGGUACUAUUGGUUUUACAAGACAACAAAUUCAUCAGAAUAGUAAUAGUGUUAGAAAUGUAUUAGAAAGAAUAACAGCUGCUAAAGUUGCACAACAACAACAGCAACAACAGCAGCAGCAACAGCAACAACAACAACAGACAAGCCAAAGUUCGGGUUUGCCAAAAUUUCAACAAGCAUUUGGUAAAACAAUAUAUACAUUGUCAACAGAUACAGCAACAACAACUCCUUCAUCAUCAGCAUCUACGACAACAACAGCAGCAACAACAACAACAGCAACCACAAAUGAUACAAUAACACAACAAAAAACAACAAAUUUAUCAAAAGCAGUACAAACAUCAGUAUCAAGUACACAAACAAAUAGUGGUAUUAAUGUACAAACAAUAACAAGCAUUCCAAAUUUACAAUUACCUGGUGGUCGUCAAAUAUUAAAUAUUGUACCAAGUACAGCAAAUAAUUCUAAUAUUACAAAUCAAAAUGCUAGUCAAACAUUGGCUCAACUUGUACAGAAUGCAUCAUCUGGUGUAAUAUAUACACAUAAAAUACCAGUUACAAUAUCAAAUGCUAGUCAGUUAAAUUUAAUACCACAUACAAAUACAAUAACUGGUAGUAGAACACCAGUUGUUAAAUUAAAUAUUAUUAGAACAGCUGGUGGUGGUAAUACAUUGAGAACAAAUAUUGGUGAAACAUUACAAGCUGUAUUGACACCACGUUUACAACAACAACAACAACAACAACAGCAACAGCAACAACAAAGACAGGUACAAGUACAAGCACAACAACAACAAACUCCAUCACAAUCAAAUUCAGUUAGACAAAAUAUUUUAAAUUCAACAAUUGAAUCACCAAAUACUACUGUUAGUUCAACUACACUUGAACAAUUACGUGAAUUUGAAAGUGUACUUGAACAAGUUAAAGAAAGAAGUACAAUACAACCACAACAUCAAACAACACCAAAUAAUUUAUCAACAUCAACAACAGUACAAACACAAACACCAACACAACAACAACCAAAAAUACUUGAUGGUACAUCAGCACUUGCUCAGCAAUUGUUAUUAUCAACACAGUCAUCAUCAUCAUCAUCGUCAAAUGAAUUUACAAGUAAUGGAGGAAAUACCGUAUCAUUUCAACAACAAGAUGUUUUUCCUCAAAAAGUUGCACUGGCAUAUAUCAAUCAAAAUACAGGACAAAAAAUUGGUAAUACAACACCAGUUGUUGUUGUUACAAGUUAUUGUCAACCAGCAGCAUCACCAGCAUUAUCAGUUACAUCACAAAGUUCAUCAAGUCCAUGUGUAACACCAGCACCAACACCAAUAUUAUCAAUUGGUAAAACACAAUCACCUAAAACAGGUAAAAAAACAAUUCAAAAAAAUAUUAAAACAUUAACAUUGUCAACAACAGCAAUCACAACAGCAACAGCUACAACCACAACAACAACAACAACUCCAACAACAGUUACAUCAUCAACAUCAACAGCAACAAGUGCAGCAACAAUAACAGCAGCCGGUGUAGUCGCGGCAGCUGCUGCAGUUGCAGCUGCAGCAGCAGCAGCAGCAGGAACAACAACAGCUACAACAACAACAACAACAACAAGUGCAUCAAAAUCAUCACCAAUACCAAAACCACAACAAAAACCACAAGAAGAUGAACAAACAGCACAAAGAAUAUAUACAAUACUUGCUGAGUAUGCUGAACAAUUAAGAAAUUCACCAGAUUUAAAUAAUAAACCAGCACCAAGAAGACGAUCAAAUCCACCAACAAAUCCAAGUCAAACAUCAUCAAAACGUAAAAAAUCAAGUUCUGGUAAAUCAAAAUCUGGACAACAACAAUUAGACAUGAGUCCAAGUGCUGAUGAUCAUGGUAGAACAAUGGGUAGUGAAGAUUCAUCAAGUGGAAUUGUACAAAUACAAGAUAGUCCAUCUGGUUAUUCACCACAAGAUGAACCAGCAACACCAUCUGGUACAAUUGAUUCAUCAAAUGAUACAAGAAAUAUAACAAAUGAUUCAAAUGAUGAUAUUGAAUUACCAAUUAAAAGAAGAAAUUUAAUAUUAACUGAACAAGGAAGUGGACAAACACGUGCUGUUAUUUUACAAGAUGGUGUACAAACAUCUGGUGUAUCAGUUAGUGAAGCAAUUGCAUCUGUAACUGGUAAAUUAACAAGUACUGCUGUACUUGUACCUGGUACAAAUUAUAUAUUACCAAUGAAUUUAGUAAAAGGUACACAACAAUUUACCAUUGUAUCUGGAUCAAAAUUAUUAGCAACAGUACCAGGUGUUAGAACAACAAAUAAUAGUGGUGUAUCAAAUGCACUUGUAUUACAAUCAUUUUUAAAUCAAGCUAAUAAAAUAAUAACACAACCUGGACAAAUUAAACAAGUUAAAAUUCCAAAUUUACAAUCAUUAACAACAAAUCAAACAACACAAAUUAUACAACAAUCACAAAAUACAAUAACAACAAUUGUACCACAAAUAAGUACAAAUACAAAUACACAAUUUACAACAACAACAACGACAACAGCAUCAACAGCAAAUGAUGGUGUUAAACGUGAAAUAAAAAAUGAUACAAAAGAUGGACAUGAUGGUAAAUUAAUAAAUAAACAAACAAAUACAAUAUUAGUUAAUAAAACACCAACAAUAAAUUUAAUUCAACGUAAUAUUAAUGAUAUUAGUGAUAAUAAUCAACAAAUAUGUGGUGUUAUAACAAGUUCACAAAAUUUAACACUACAAAAUACACGUUUAUUUAAUACAACUGUUGGAAAAUUAACAAGUUGUAUAAAAAAUGAAACUAUUAAUUCAUCAUCAUCAUCAGCAGCAUCAGCAACAACAACACUAACAACAACAACGAUAGCAAAUGAAACUACUACAACGAAAGCAUCAUCAACAACACCAACAACACCACCAUCAUCAUCAGUUAAUGCAAAACAAGAAUUACAAAAUGAUGAUAAUAAAAAAUUAUCAUUGCAAGGUGGAUUAACACUGUCAUUUUCAACUCAAUCUGAAACACAAACAAAUGGACAAAAUAAAAAAUUAAAAGAAACAACAAUAGCUGAGUUAACAAAUAGUGAUAAAAUAAUAACACCAAAAGGUGUUAAAAGAAAACAUGAUGAUACAGGUAUUGAUGAACAAAUAAAAAUAGCAAAUAAUAAAAUAAUACCAACAAGUAAUAUUCUUGUAACAUCAUUACAAAAUAAUAUGACAAAUAAAAUACAAACAACAAUUGUUAAAAAAAUUGAUACAUCAUUAUCAUCAAGUAUGGAUACAACGCCAAGUAAUUAUAUUGUUUAUAAUGAACAAAAUCAAUCAGAUAAUCAAGAUACAUCAUUAAAACAAACAAAUUGUGAUGAUAAUAAUAGUAGUAGUGGUGGUGGUGAUGGUGGUAAAAUUGAAAAUGGUAAUGUUAGUGUUAUAUGUGGUAAUGCUAGAUUACAAGAAGCAUGGCAAGAUAAAUCAUCACCAGAUCAACCAUGGCGUUAUAGUACAUCAACACAAAAUCAAAUGACUAUUGAGCCACAUAAAGUAUAUACACGUGAUGUUGAAACAAAUCAAACAAAUGAUAUACAAACAAAUAAAAAUGAUAAUAAUAUUGAAUUAACAACAAGUGGACAAAUAUAUCAAGCAAAUAGUAAAAAGUUUUUCAUCAAUAAUACACCAAUGGAUACAUUUCAACAAUAUACUAUUAAAACAAAUAUUAUUAAUAAUAAAAAUCAACAACAACAACAGCAACAACAUCAACAUCAACAACAGCAACAACAAAAUAAUAUUAAAAAUGAACAACAAAGAUUAGCAAUGGAACGUGAAAUAACAUUACAAAAAAGUUUAUCUGAAGAGUGUGAAGAUUUAGGUGUUGGUAUACCAAGUACAAGUGAUUUAUUUCCAGAAGCUGAUUUAUUUUUUGAUGCAAAUAAUUCACCUUAUGAUCAUUUAUCACAAGAUGCAUCAUGUAGUCAAUCAAUUAAAGCAUAUAGCGGUUCGUAUUUUCGGUCGGUGGAUUCCUCUAGUGGCAGCAGAGAUACGAGUCCAAUUGCUGAUGUCAAAAAUCAUGACAAACGCAUAAACAAUGCCAAUAAAAUAAAUAAAAAAAAUAAGAAAAAUUUAUUAAAUUGUAAUAAAAUUGAUGACUAUAAUGAUUCUAUAUUAACAAAUGAAAAUAUAUGUUCAAGUAUUGAUGAUAAUAUGAGUCAAGAUGAUGAUGAAAAUGAUGAAGAAGAAGAAGAAGAAAAUGAACAAGUAUUAGAAAAUGAAGAAGAAUAUGAAAUACAACAACAACAACAAGAUAAUAAUGAUGAAGAUGAAGAUGAGGAUGAUAAUAAUCAGGAUGACGAUGAUGCAACAAGUUCAGAAACAUAUAGAUUAUCACCAUCACGUUUACCAUUACUUGAUAAUGAUUUUUCGAAAGAUGAUACAAAUCAUUUAAAAAUAUCAAGAUCAAAUGAUUCAAAAAUUGGCUCACCAUGUUCCUUAUCAAGUAUACCAUCAACAAUGAAACUUGAUGAUAUGGAUUUAGAUUGUGAAAGUUUACCACUUGAUACAAGUAUUAAUAAUCAAUCAUCUGGUAGUUAUAUUGAUGAUGAUACAGAAUUUAUGGACACGACAAAUACAACAGAUGAUAAUAAUAUUGUAACAAUGUCAUCAUCAUUAUCACCAAUUGCUGGACCAUUAUUAUCAAAUCAUAAAUAUACAUAUUCAAAUAAAAAGCUAUCACAACAAAAAGAUUUACUUAGAUCAGAAGAAUAUUUAGCAUGGGAAUGUCCAAUGAAUGACAGCGAUGAUGAUGAUAAUGAAGAUGAUGAUGUUGUUGUUGGUGGUGGUGAUGGUGGUGAUGGUCUUACUGAUAUUACUGAUAAUGUUGAUGGAAAUAAUGAUGAAGAUGAAGAGGAAGCUGAAGGUGAAGACAAUGAUAAUGUUGAUUCAAGUUUAAAUGAAUCUUCAAGUAGUCAACUUGAUGAUAAUAUUAUUACAAAUGGCAUUGAAUCAUCAUCAACAUGUAAUUAUAUAAAUUUGAAUAAUACAAAUGAAACAUUAAAUGAUACUGAUAAUAAAAAUAAUAAAUUAAUAAAUUGUGUUAAUAAUAGUGAAUUAAAUGAAUCUAGUAUUUUAUCAAGUGAUAAUAAAGAUUCUGAUAAUUCAGAUGAUGAAAAAAAUUGUCAUACAACAAUGAAUGACAGUGGUGAUUGUCUUGCUAGAAGAUCAAGUUUACGUGGACAUGUUAAAAAAGGUUGUACAUGUUGUAAUGGUUUACCAGAUAAAAAAAAAAAUAAUCAUACAAGUGAAAAUAGUAAAUUUAAAAAAAAACAAAUUAUUGGAAAUAAAAAAAGAUAGUCUUAUUAUAUAACAAUGUAUUCUAUUAAUUUUAAUUUUUUUUUUUUUUUUUAUUAUUGUGUAAAUGAUGAUAAAUAAUUGUUUUUUUUUUUUUUUUUUUUUCCUUGAAUUUAUGUCAUUUAUAUUUUGUGUUGAAAAAUAAAUAAUUAGGUGUUGAGUAAAACAACAAAUUACAGAUUUUUAAUUUUAAGAUAUUGAUAAUUUAAUGUUAAUUGAAAAAAAAUUAAGUUUAAUUAAAAUUUAUAGCUUGAUUAAUUUAAAUCCAAUGGAUAAAAAUUGUAAAUAAUUAGUAAGCUUGAUCAGUGUAUAUCAGACUUUGCCAUCAAAGGCGCAAAGAAAUAUUUACAAUAAAUAAUUAUGAUUAACUCAAUGCGCAACGGAGAGAGAAAAGAAUAAAAAAUAAAUAAAAACAACAAAAAAAAAAAUAAAACAAUAUAAAUUUAACUAAUGUUCUUCUUGAUAUUUAAAUUUAUUCAAUAAUUUAAUAGCAUGAAGAUUUAUUAGAUGUUCUUCAUAAUGCGUAGUUAAUCGUUUUACGUUUAGGUGUUAUUGAAAAAUAAUAAUAAAUGAUUGAAUAAAAAAAGUUUAAAUAAAAAAAAUCGUAAAAACAAAAAAAAAAAAAAACAACAAUAAAAAAAAAAAAACAUUGUGAAUUAUUUUUUAGAUUUAAUUUUGAUUAAUGAAUGGAAAAUUAAUAAUUUUAAUUUAAUUUUUAAAUGAUUAAUUAAAAAAAGACAAAAUCACGUUUGAGAACCGUUAGAAGAAAAAAAAAAAAAAUGCAAUCUAGUCAGGCGGUGAGGCUCGGGUUGAUUUAAAAAAAAAAAAAAUUAAAGAGAAUUAAUUAAGUUAUUGAAAGAAAAUCAAAUUAAUUAUUAUCAUCAUAGAUUAAAAUGUAUUUUCCCUCGGGCCAACCAGAGACUUUUCUUUUUUUUUUUUUUGUUUUUUAAUACCAUUUUAGUGUUAAAUGAUGAAAAUUAAAUUUUUUUAAAAAACCGUUCCUCCCUUGCUCUCGCCUUUGCAAUUUAUCAAUGUGAUUAUCAUUCACUGAUUUAUAUUUUUUUUUAAAAUAAUUAAAAUACAAUUUUUAAAUAAAUAAAAUUCGUUAAUAAUUAUUAUUUAUCCUUUUAUUAUUCAAUUUUAUUUUGCAGCCAUAAAAAUACUUUUUUUCUUUUUUUUUUUUUUAAAUUCAUAUUUAUUUAUUUAUUUAUAUAUUGUUUGCUUGUUUUUUUUUUUUCUUUUUUUUUCGACAAGUGGCUAAAUUGUUGAGAGCAGUUUUACGUCAUAUUUUGUAAAAAUUCAUUGUGUACAUUCAGUAGGUAAAAUGAUAAUUUAAAAAAAUAUAUAAAAUUCAUAAGAUGUUAUGUAAAUGUAUAUCAAUCAUAUAUCGCUGCACUUUAGUACAAAAAUAUUUUGUUUUUUUUUUUUUUUAUCAAUUUUCAUCGAGGAAAAAAAUUUAAAAGAAAAAAAUUAAUUUGUCAUGAAUAGUAAAUUUUUUUUCUAAAUACUGCAUUUUUUGUAAAAAUAUUGACUUCAUGUGAAUUAAUUGUUUAAUUCAAUAUGAAAAAAAAAGAAAACAAUCUAAUAAUAAGUUUUUUUUAUUUAAUUUAUUUUUUAAUUAAUAAUAAUUUAUUUACUUUUUUUUUUUUAAAAUAAUUUUGGUGACGAGAAGGAAAGGAGCGGUGAAACCUGUUCCAAAUUAUCAGUCAUUGAAAAUAAUAUUUAAAUAAAAAAAAUUACUUUUGUUACUUAGUUUGAUUAUUAUUGUCAAAAUAAAAAAAUUAUUUGUAAUAUAAAUUUAAUAAUAAAGAUUAAUAAUAUUGAUAAUAACGUGCAAAUGUAGAUACGCGAUUUUGUGUUAACAUAUUUUUUAUUUUUUAUUAUUUCCUAUUAUUUAUAAUUGAAAAAACAUAUUUAAUUAAUUUUAAUUACUAUUUUGUGUACUUUUAUUAUUCAUUUUUAUUUUUUAAUCAAUAUUUUCAUCAUAUGAAAAAUAUUAAUUCAAUAAACUUUCUAUUUAUCCAUGACCUUGUUUUUUCUUUUUCUUUUUUUUUGAUUUAAUUAUUUCUUUGUGCAAUUUAUAAAAAUAAUAUUAUUUCUUGCAUUUGGUUAUUUAUUUUUUCUUUUUUAAUUUUUAAAAAUAGACUGAUUAUUAUUUACUUAUAUAAAUUAUUAUUGUUUUUUUCAUUUAUUUCUCUGUGGUUUCAUCGCCAGUAAGUUUUUCGUUUUGUAGAAAUUUAAUUUAAAAAUUGGAAAAACUUUUUAUCAUAAAAAUAAAAAGUAUAUAUAUUAAAUUAAAAAAAAAAAAACAAAUCUUCUAUCUUCCUGUACAUUAAAAAAAAUAGUUAGCAACAUCUCUGAGUGUAUAAAAAUAAAAAAAACAAAUUUAAAAAAAUCAUAAUUUUGAAUGUAAUUAUAUUUGCAGUUAUAGAUUCAUAUUUUUCAACGACGUGAUGAAUGAGAAAAAAAAAAAAAAAACGUAAUGCACAAAUAUUGAAAAUGAAUAAUAAUAAAUAAAAUAAUAUUAAUUGAAAAAAGUGGUGAAUGAUAAAAGAGAGAAAAAAAAAAAAAAAACAAUUUGAUUUCAGUCGAUGAAAAAGAAAAGUAAAAAAAAUUUUUCGAAAUCUAUUUGUUUAGUUGUACCAAAUGCAUUUAAUAAAAAAUAAAAAAAAUAAAAAAAUUUGAAUAUUAAAUAAUUUAAAAUAAAAUAAAAAACAAGGUAUAUAUAAUUUAUUUAUUAAAAAAUAAAUAAAUAAAAACAGAGUUUUCCAAGGCUAACUCCAGAUACUUAAACUGCUUUAAGGCCAAUAAUAUUAAGAAAUUUUUUGUAAUGUAAUUUAUAAAAGUUGAUGAAAUAUAUUGAUAAAUAAAUAUUAAUAAUAAUAUUGUGCAUUUUUUUAGCACGAAAACAACAGUAUUUCAAGUGUUUGUAUUUGUCAUCGUGACAAUAAAUAAAUUGUCAAACUAAACGACAAAAAGAAUUUAAUAAAUAAUUAAUUAUAAAAACUAAAGAAAAAAAAAAAAACAUUAAAACGCUUCUGAAUAAGUCACGAUGGACAAUACAAUAAUCAAGCUAUGAUAAUAAUAAUAAUAAAUUAAUACAAAUAAAUAAUAAUAAUAUUAGAUAAUUAAUAUGUACGUCUGUAUUUAAAUAGGUUAAUAAUUAAUUAGCACAAAUGAGUAAGCGAAACCAGGUGAAAGUGGGUAUGAACUUUUGCAGAUGAAAUAAUUUUUUUUUUUUAUUUCAAUUUUUUUUCUUCUUGAAUAUGAUUAAGAAAAAAAUAAUAAAUGAGCACAAAAUUG